AUGGAUGUACCAGAGGGGAAUGGAAACCCUUUGGGUAAUGGACUCGGUCGAGCUAGGCAAACUCGACCGAUUGGUCUAGGAGAUGCUCCAAACCGCCAUCAACAGAGACAAGGGAUUGUCCACCACCAGUGCAGAACCACAACUUUGAGAUCAAGCUGGGAUGAUCAACCUUGUCAGAACAAGAUGUUCCAUGGAUUGCCAAAUGCCAUCAAGCUGAGACUCUUCCCUAUGUCUCUAGCUGACAAGGCUCACCAAUGGGAGAAGAGCUUGCCCCAUGGCACAAUCACCACUUGGGAUGAAUGCAAGAAGGCCUUUCUUGCUAAGUUUUUCUCCACCGGUCGCACAGCCAAGCUAAGGAGUGAGAUAUCAGCUUCAUCAGAGGAACAAUGA